AUGACUAGGAUGCCGGAUUUCGAUGAUUUGGUUGAAAGUAAUGAGUAUGUCAGAAAUCGUUAUUUAGCGUGCCACGAUCGCCUCGUAGUGAUUCUCUGGGGAUCAUUUCAAAGGGCGAUUGCGGAUCUCACUCAAUUAUACAAGGAGAAAUUGGAUAAUCAACAUUGUGACCAGCAUUACCUACUUCAGGCUCUUGGUCGAAUUGGCCAUUUUCACACAAUGUCACAAAGGGCACUGCAAUUAGUUGAAGAACUCGGUAAAGAUCUUGGCUAUGAUGUUGGAAGACUUCUUGUUCGUGACGCAAUUUCUUGGUCUUCUCAAUCAAUGACACCUCUAGAAAUAUACAAAAUCACGUUGUGUCCAUUCGGUCCCAAUCUUGGGAAAAAGCGCCGGAGAAUCAGUUCCUUGAAACAUUGUAGAAAGUGUAACAGAUUAAGGCGUCAAAAAUCAAAACGUCAGCGUUGCAUUUUACAGUCUCCUCUUGUGGAAAAUAAUCUGAAUCAGCUGUCAUCUAUAAAUUCAUUUGAAUUCUUCCCUGCUACCUGUGAUAGACAGAAAGAUUUCACCUUUUCUUGCGAGCAACUUUCUUCGCCCUUUCCAUCCACCCAUGUAAAUGUUUCUCCUCCUAGUAAAGACUUAUAUCAAUAUCCCUUUGAUCUAAUCGCAACCCCAAUCAAAUCAAAAUUGAAACGACCAAAUAGCGACUUUAGGGACUAUCAAGAUUUCGGUCUGACGGAUUCAAUGUCCAAGGUUUGUUUGCAUCAGAAAGUGAAAAAACCACGCCGUGAACCAAUGCUUGAUGAUCCGUUCUAA